AUGUCGAUGCACCAAUCAUCCAACCAGUACAACCACAACCGAAUACAAACAACCAUGUCCAAAACGGUGGAAACGGAGGAAAUUAGGCUCAUAAUAUGGGAGGCAAUGUGGGAAACCACAACGGUGGUAAUGUUAAAAAUCAAAAUCAAAAUCCUAGAAAUGUUGGUCCUCAAUUUGGUAAUGGUGGUGAUGGCGGUAACGAGGAUGAUUGGGAUUUUGAUGAUGGAAGUGACAAUGGAAUUGGUUAGAAUCAGAACCACAACGGUGGUAAUAGGUGGAAUCAAGGAAAUUGGGGUGGAAACGGGAACUACAACAAUAACUGGAACAACCAAAAUUUCUAUAAUGGUGGCAAUAAUGACUACAAUCAUGUGUUCAGAAAUCAAGGCUUUGGGAAUCAAUACUGAAGGAAUCCAAAUGGUAGAUUCAACAAUGCAAAUGGAGGAUACUACAACGAAGCUGGGAGAGUAUGAUGAUGCUUCACCUAUACUCUUCGAGGAAGGAAAUGAGCAUCAUGCGGAACUAAGUCCACGAUCAUUCAAUCAGAACUACAACCAAGGUGGAAACUACAACAACAAUGGGAAUUUCAACAACAACAGCCAUCAAGGGAAUUACCAAAACCAAAAUCAGUCAAAACAGUUCCAGCAGUCCAAUUUUAACCAAGGUGGAACAUCAAAGAAGGAGGAAAUUGAUGGCAACAAAUUGGAGAAAACCAUGGACUUCAUAACCCAAACGUAUCAGAAAGUUGAUACAAAUUCAAAGUCCACAGCUACUAUUGAGAAGCAAAUUCCUCAACUUGCGGAGAAAAUUGGGAAAAGAAAAGAUGGCAAGUUUCCAAGUACCACCACGGUCAACCCGUCCCACAACCAAAGACCGGGUAAAAAGCAUCAAGUGAACGAGGUAAUCACUUUGCAUAGUGGGAAAAAGGUUGACAACAAGGUAAGUGCUCCUACCUUAGAUAAUGACAGUGACACUGAAGUUAUCUUUGAUAAAAAAAAAGAAGAGUUUGAUAAAGGUUUCAAAUUUAAAAAACAAAAAGCAACUAAGGGUAAAGAUGACUCUAAAGUUGGGGAGCAUGGUGUGGAGAUUAAUACCGGACCAUACCCUUCGGCUUUAGAGAAACCGGCAUCCUUCCCUUUUAGAAAGUGA